CUUUCAACAUUAUUAUCAUUUACAAUUUUCCACGAUUUUGAUUGUUACUGUUUUUUCCGCAACCUAAUACGCGAGAUUGUGAUUUUACUUUCUCCUCAUUUUCAAUGCGCGUUUCUGGAUUUUAGGUUACACUACUGUCAACCGCAAUCUGAAACAAACGUGUUUACCCUGAUAGGUAUGGUAGAGGAUAAAAAAUAUGAGAUCUCAAGCCGUAUCGAGUGUGACGGAUAUCGGGGUACAUUAAAAUACGUUGGACCUGUGGGAAAUACAAAAGGAGAGUGGUUGGGUAUAGAUUGGGACGAUUCGACUCGUGGCAAGCAUAAUGGCACAUACGAAGGAAUAGUAUAUUUUCAAGCCAGACAUUCCACAUCAGGCUCUUUUAUACGACCAGGCAAAGUCAAGUUUGGAAUAUCCUGUCCACAAGCUAUCAAAAUGCGCUAUGGAUUGAUUGAUGAUGAAUUAGCAGGCAUAGACAGGGAUGAAGUGUCGAGUUUAAGGAGAGAAAUCAAUGCACCCUUUUUAGAUCUUGUCGGUUUCUCCAAAGUGAAUAAGAAGCAAAGUAAAUUUGAUCAAUUGAAAAUAGUAUGGCUAAGGGAACAAUGUGUAAGCGAUGCUGGAAGACCAGAUGAGCUGAGAGAACUGUGUCCUAAUUUAGAAGAACUGGAUAUAUCUAAAAACUUAAUAAAUUCAUGGAAAAUUGUAGCGGAUAUAUGCUCUCAACUUCAUUCUCUUAUUCGUCUUAAUGUCAGUGAGAAUUAUCUGCCUGUUAAAGAAGAUGUGAUGGCACUGAAAAAUUCAUUUGCAACAGUAAAGCAUUUAACAAUAGCUAAAAUGAAUUAUAAUUGGUCUGAUAUUCAGCAAUGUAUAUCUAUGUUCUCAUCAAUUGAAGAACUUUCAGUUUCUUUUAAUAUUGUUACAACUAUAAAAGAGACAAUAACAAAUAUCAAUUUAAUGAAAAUCGUUACAUUAAUACUCGAAGGAAAUUUAAUAUCGAGUUGGGAUGAGAUACUUAAACUAGGUUCCCUUCCAUGCUUGGAAUAUCUCAAUUUGAAUUCAAAUAAAAUAGAUAGAAUUAGAUUUCCAUCUUUAACACCAAUGGACAAGACUGAACUUUUUCCUACUUUACGUCAACUACAUAUUUCUGAAAACCACAUUUCAGAGUGGCAAUCAAUUAACGAAUUGGAUAAACUACCAAAUUUAGAAGAUUUAAAAUUCAGAGAAAAUCCCAUCUUGAAGAAUGAAACUAUAGAGACUGCUCGGCAAUUGAUAAUCGCGAGAAUAGCGAAAUUAAAAAUCUUAAAUGGUACAGAAAUAUUUCCUGUUGAAAGAAGAGGUGCUGAAUAUGAUUAUUUAAAACUAUAUCUACCAAAAUGGCUAGAAACAGAGAAUAGGAUAUCGUUUAUAAAUGAACAUCCGCGAUAUCCUAAGUUAAUCGAUAAAUAUGGAAUUGCAAAUAUUCCCUCAAUUAAACCAAAAGUAGAAAUGGUUUCCAAUGUGAUAACAGUGGAGUUUGUAUGUCCAGAUGAUCCACGUCAGCCUAGAGGAAUUAAAAGGAAAUUGCUUAAAGACAUGGAAGUCCAAAAAAUGAUCGGACUUGCUCAGAGACUUUUCAAAACUGGAGGGAAAAUACCUGCUCUUUCAUUUAUUUCACAGGAUCUAUCAAAUGAUGAAAUUUCGUUGGAUAAACCGUUGCAAGAACUCAGUUACUAUUCGAUACAAGAUGGUGAUCAAGUUCUUGUAAGAUGGUGAUAUCAGAUAAAUUAUUUUUAGAUAUUGUUAUUUUUUGUAUGCUGUUAAAAUUUGCUCUAUGAUACUUUGUUAUUAAACUUUUUUUAAUUUG